AUGGCGGCAUUUUCGUUUUCAGUGGCGUCUGUUGUUGAGGAUGUUCUUCAACAACAUGGUACUCGUCUCAAAGAUCUUGAUUUGGAAUCUAGAAAAUCAGAAGAAGCUGCAUUAAGAAGAUAUGAAGCGGCUGGGUGGUUGAGAAAAAUGGUUGGAGUUGUUGCAGCUAAAGAUUUACCGGCAGAGCCUUCUGAGGAAGAGUUUAGGCUUGGUUUGAGGAGUGGGAUCAUUCUUUGUAAUGUUAUUAACAAGGUUCAACCUGGUGCUGUAUGUAAGGUUGUGGAGAGUCCAGUUGAUUCUGGACUUAUCCCCGAUGGAGCACCGUUAUCCGCAUUCCAGUAUUUUGAAAAUGUUAGAAACUUUCUAGUGGCGGUUCAGGAAAUCGGAAUUCCGACUUUUGAGGCUUCUGAUCUAGAACAAGGAGGAAAAUCAUCGAGGGUCGUGAACAGUGUAUUGGCCCUUAAAUCCUAUAGUGAAUGGAAACAAACUGGGGCUAAUGGUGUGUGGAAAUUUGGUGGAACUAUCAAACCUGCAAGCACGGCGAAAUCUUUUGUGAGAAAAAACUCUGAGCCAUUUACCAAUUCCUUGUCAAGAACCUCUUCAAUAAAUGAAAAAUCUAUGACUUCUCUUACCUCUGAUGUCGAGUCUAAUAAAAUGUCAAGUUCUCAUUCUUUAGGUAUGCUUGUUCGUGCAAUGCUAUUCGAUAAGAAGCCGGAAGAAGUUCCAACGUUGGUUGAAUCUGUUUUGACUAAAGUCGUAGAGGAGUUUGAGCAACGCGUUGCAAGCCAGGAUGAACAGACAAAAACAACUUCAAGAGGAUCAUUACCUCAAAGCGAUGGACCUUUAGCAAAGUUUACUAUGGCACGUAAAAAGGUGGAUAACAAGAAUCUUAUGGUAACAAAGAAAGAGGAGGUCGUCCAUAAAAAUCAUGUUGCUGACGAGGAAUCACGGGAAAAAGUUCUGAGGCAGCAAAUGCUCUUUGAUCAACGGCAAAGAGAUAUUCAAGAAUUGAAAUAUACAGUUCAAACAACCAAAGCUGGUAUGCAGUUCAUGCAAAAGAAAUUUCAUGAGGAGUUCUCCAAUUUAGGCAUGCACAUUCAUGGCUUAGCUCAUGCGGCUUCUGGAUAUCAUAGAGUUCUUGAAGAAAAUCGCAAACUAUACAAUGAAGUCCAAGAUCUUAAGGGAAGUAUUAGGGUGUACUGUCGAGUAAGACCUUUCUUAUCUGGUCAACCAAAUCAUUUGAGUACUGUGGAGAACAUAGAAGAUGGAGUUAUCACUAUUAAUGUUCCCUCAAAGAAUGGGAAAGCGCGCAGAUCCUUCAACUUCAACAAAGUUUUUGGACCAUCCGCAGCCCAAGGGGAGGUCUUCGCUGAUAUGCAGCCACUCAUUAGGUCUGUUCUUGAUGGUUUUAAUGUUUGCAUAUUUGCUUAUGGCCAAACAGGAUCCGGAAAAACUUUCACCAUGACUGGACCAAAAGAGAUCACAGAAAAAAGCCAAGGUGUAAAUUACAGGGCUCUUAGUGAUUUGUUCUUUAUGGCGAAUCAAAGAAAGGACACUUUUCGCUACGAUGUUUCUGUUCAAAUGAUUGAAAUUUAUAAUGAGCAAGUCAGAGAUCUAUUGAUUACCGAUGGAUCAAACAAAAGAUUAGAAAUUCGUAGUAACUCUCAAAGAGGGCUCAGUGUACCAGAUGCAAGCCUUGUCCAAGUAUCAUCAACAAAUGAUGUUAUUGAACUAAUGAACCUGGGCCACAAGAACCGUGCUGUUGGAGCAACAGCACUUAAUGACCGUAGUAGCCGAUCUCACAGUUGCUUGACUGUUCAUGUUCAAGGAAGAGACUUGACAUCUGGAGCUGUCCUACGGGGAUGCAUGCAUCUGGUUGACUUGGCAGGAAGUGAGAGGGUUGACAAAUCCGAGGCGACAGGUGAUAGAUUGAAAGAGGCACAACAUAUUAACAAAUCUCUUUCAGCUUUAGGUGAUGUCGUUGCUUCCCUUGCCCAGAAAAACCAACAUGUCCCUUAUAGAAAUAGCAAACUCACACAAUUACUCCAAGAUUCACUUGGAGGACAGGCCAAGACAUUAAUGUUUGUUCACAUUAGUCCAGAGGCCAAUGCUAUUGGAGAAACAAUUAGCACACUGAAAUUUGCAGAAAGAGUUGCUACUGUUGAACUUGGCGCUGCUCGAGUAAACAAGGAUGGGGCAGAUGUCAAAGACCUCAAAGAACAGAUUGCCAACCUUAAGGCGGCGUUGGCUAGAAAUGAAGGAAAUUCAGAAUAUUCUUUGUCCGGCAGCUCUGGAAAAUAUAGGACAACAGCUAGCGAACUAUCACCCUAUCGUGCAGUUCAGCGAGGUGCAGAUAUCGUGGAUGAUCCCUUUGGAUGCCGGCAACCAAUGGUUGAUGUAGGCAACUUAGAGCUUCAGAGCAAUGCCAUAUUGAGACAAAAAACUCAGAGCUUUGAUUUUGACGAGAUAUUAACAAAUUCACCAUCCUGGCCCCCGGCGAAUAGUCUUGUUCAAAACUGUGUGGAAGACGAUAAAGAAACCGGUUCAGGAGAGUGGGUUGAUAAGGUCAUGGUAAACAAGCUAGAUGUGAACAAAACUGGCAACAUGUUAGGGUGUUGGGAAGCAGAUAACGGGAACUUAUCUGAAGAAUUUUAUCAGAAAUAUCUUCCAGAUUCUUCCAAAGUAUACUCGGAACGAUCCUAUAAUAUGUUCAUGAGAGGCAACCAGUUUAACAUUGCUGGCUCAGAUGACACCGAUGAUGUUGAUGCUGCAACGAGUGAUUCCUCAGAACAUGACUUGCUUUGGCAAUUUAAUCAUUCAAAAGUUACAAAUAUAGCCAUUGGAAAUGAAUCAAAGGGUAGAAGACUAGUCUCAAAGUCAGCAAAAAGUCCUGAGUUGAGCAAGAAUAGUAUUCAUUCUUCUACCGCUCCUUCACCUUCGCGGAAACAAACAAGUGGCAUCUCACAUCGAACACCAACAAGGCAACCAGCUCCAGUUGACAUGAAACGUAAAACUGGUUCUAGAAAAUGA